AUGUAUACAAAAGGCUUUAUAAAUUUGGAAACUCUUCUUCGUCUACCAUCCCCUACUGAAGAAGAAUGCGAAUAUUUGUUUACACUAUGGAGUUAUGAUAAUUUCUUAGAAUAUAGCCAUAACCGACCUAUGCCCGAUGAUGACAAGAUAUCAAACACUCUAUUACUUGUGCAAAACAUCCUUUUUUUAAAGCGUACAUCGUUCAAGCACAACUCUCAAAACUCUUACGAGAAUAAAAACCCGCCUGUAGUCCACAGAAUAUAUGAGAAAAAAGGACCUUACGUAAUUCGACUAACAAUUGAGAUAAACAACAAUUUAAAAAGCCCUUCCGAGAGAGUAUUUAAAAUUCCUAGCAGAUGGGUCCUCUACUACCUACGCCGAGAUUCGAGGCCGGAACGAAAAGCGACACCGAGAUCAACACUGGAACAAGAACCAUUGUCAGUACGAAGUUCGUUGAGCAUGGUUACUCCACUUAACACAAUAUCAAUUUUUGAUUUAGUACCGCAAAAUCCAUCUGUCGGUAUCUCUGUUCAAGAGGAAGGUGACAAAGUUCAAGAAAUAAUCACAAGCACUGAAGAGUGGGAAACAACCUCAUCAAAGGCUGCGCUCAAACGAAAACUAACCGAUAUACUUGAGGCCGAUAUCUUGAGCAAGGAACGUAGUGAUUACUCUAGCAAAAAAAGAAGACGUCUUGAUUGA